AUGUCGGGUUCUCCUGUGUCUGUCUCCUCUCAAGAAGAAUACAUGGUCGAGGCCAUUACUAACAAACGAGUCAAGAAUGGAAGAACUGAAUACGAAGUAAAAUGGCAGGGAUACUCUGAUAAUGAGAAAACUUGGGAACCAAUCGAAAAUCUGCAAUCCGUUAUGACCUAUGUGCUUGAUUUUGAGCAAUCGUUGAAGCAGAAACAGAAUCAAGAAGUCGGAGAAGGCACUUAUGAUGAUGGUGAUUCGGCAGAUGAAAUUUUGUAAAUCAGGAAGGACAAUGAUGGCUAAAACCUCCUAUUCCAGGUAUCUUGGAAGCAAAAGAAUAACCGUGCACCGAAAGUAUCGUGGGUUAAUUAAAACACACUCAAAAUGCACAAUCCUGAAAUAUUAAUAGACUAUCUGUUGAAGAAAAUCAAAUGGCCAAAUAAUAAAUGA